UAAAAUUGGACUCUUGUCGUUGGGGGUUGGAUGUUGGGGAAAUACCAAAACAGAGUAAACAAAAAUUUCAGACGCCGGUGCAAGCAAGUAGAAGUAGUUGUGGCGUUGAGCUAAUAACUCACCUACAUGCCUUUCACUCUAUUUAUUAUCCUUCCCAUCUAUCUGUCUCUCUUCACUCUCUCUCUCUCUCUCUCCCUCUAUAGAUUAGUGUUGUAGGCCGCUAGAUCUGCCAUAGCUUCAUCAAUGGCGGGAGCAUUAUCCGCUCUCAGGCGCCUGUACCUCUCUCUCUAUAACUGGACCGUCUUCCUCGGAUGGUUGCAGGUACUGUAUCUUGCUCUCAAGACUCUCAACGAAUCAGGCCACCAGCAUGUUUACAAAGCCGUUGAACGCCCACUUCUUCUUGCUCAAUCCGCCGCCGUUUUGGAGAUUCUUCAUGGUCUAGUAGGUUUGGUCAGAUCUCCGAUAUCAGCGACACUGCCGCAGAUUGGUUCAAGAUUGUAUCUUACUUGGGGAAUCCUCUGGAGUUUUCCUGAGACUCAGAGUCAUAUACUUGUGAGUUCUUUGGUCAUCAGCUGGUCUAUCACUGAGAUUAUUCGAUACUCUUUCUUUGGCAUGAAGGAGGCACUUGGUUUUGCACCUUCAUGGCUCUUGUGGCUCAGGUAUAGCACAUUUAUCUUGUUGUAUCCAACUGGCAUCACAAGUGAAGUUGGUCUAAUUUAUAUUGCCUUACAAUACAUUCAGAAGUCUGAAAGGUAUUCUAUAAGGAUGCCAAACAAGUGGAACUUCUCUUUCGAUUACUUCUAUGCUGCCAUUAUCGCUCUAGGAAUCUAUGUCCCAGGCAGCCCUCACAUGUACCGGUAUAUGCUUAGUCAGAGGAAGAAAGCUCUUUCAAAAACCAAAGCGGCGUAGAUGGCGACAAAGGUUUAAUGUAUUUCUCAUGAUCAUGAUAAUAUCAGUCAUAUGGUUGUGUGUAAGAUGGAAUUUUAUUCUUGAAAAGGCUAUUGAUUUAUGUUUUUGACAAA